ACGCCAGUGUCGCUAUCUAUUUUAAUCUUUUCUUGUGGUACACGAGGUUUCGGUUUCCCCAUGUUACAAAUUAUAGAAUAUGAAAAUACAUAAAAUUCAUUUAAAAAAUGAUACCAGUUAUGUACCUUGUUAACGAUCAAUUGAAGCGACGAAGUAACUUAAUGGUGUCGUCGAUUUUAAGGCAAUUUAAUCCUAGAGUGAAACUUACACCGAGCGUAAGAAGGAAACAAACUAAAAAUGAUCCAUCGAUAAGUUCGUUAUUUAAACCAGUUACUGUGAAAGUAGAGACAAACGACAGGAAUGUUGGUGUCGAACUGACUGGUUCUCUGAGUAAACGUGUUAUCAUACAAAUCUUGUGCAAUUUCGCGAACAAAAAUACUGUGAAAGAACUAAGUACAAAACAUGGAUUAGAUGAUGCCAUUUUUAACACAGCAAUGGGGAACUUCCGAAAGUAUUGCGUGGAUUCAAAUUCAUUACCUCCAGAUCUACAUAUUGUCUUAAGCGAUAUUAUAAAUGGAGCUGGGAAUGUUACAGAUAUAUUCCCCUACUUCCUGCGUUACGCCAAACAGAUGUAUCCACACAUUGAUUGUUUGGACGAACUGAGGAAGAUCAGUGACUUAAGGAAUCCACCAUUUUGGUAUCCUAUAGCAAGGUCUAAGAAAAGGAAGAUUAUAUUUCAUGCUGGACCUACGAAUAGUGGUAAGACUUACCACGCUCUCAAAAGGUUUAUGUCGGCAAAGAGUGGAGUUUAUUGUGGACCACUAAAGCUGUUAGCCAAUGAAGUUUUUAAUAAGUGUAAUUCUAUGGGUACACCUUGUGAUUUGAUAACAGGAGAGGAACACAGGUAUGCCAAGCAUAUGACGUCUCCCGCAGAUCACACGUCGUGUUCCGUGGAAAUGGCGAAUAUACAGAAUGUUUAUGAAGUAGCUGUAAUAGAUGAAAUUCAAUUAAUACGCGAUCCAGGCAGAGGAUGGGCAUGGACAAGAGCUCUCCUUGGCAUUGCCGCGGACGAGAUACAUUUAUGUGGUGAAUCCGCCGCUAUACCCAUCGUACAAUCUAUAUGUUUGACGACGGGUGAACACGUGGAAAUAAAAGAGUACAAACGAUUGACCGAGCUUGAAGUAGAAAACUCGGCGCUUUGUUACAUUAAAAACGUUCAACCAGGAGACUGUAUAGUUUGUUUUAGUAGAAACGAAAUAUUCGCAGUGUCGAACGAAAUCGAAAAGCUAGGGGAGAAGGUGGCUGUAAUAUAUGGUAGUUUACCACCAGGCACAAAACUGGCGCAGGCAGCGAGAUUCAACGAUCCCAAGGAUCCUUGUAAAAUAUUAGUAGCUACUAAUGCCAUAGGCAUGGGCCUUAACUUACAUAUACGUAGAAUUAUAUUUUAUACUCUCUCUCAACCAGUUAUAAACGAGAAGGGAGAAAUGGAGAUUGAUACGAUCUCCGUAUCGUCCGCCUUGCAGAUAGCAGGCCGCGCUGGUCGUUAUGGAACGCAGUGGUCGAAAGGAUACGUAACAACCUUUAAGCCUGAGGAUCUUCCAGUGUUGAGAAAAUUAUUACAACAAAAACCCGAAGAAAUUCAUCGUGCUGGACUUCAUCCCACUGCGGAUCAAAUAGAAUUAUAUUCUUAUUACCUUCCAAAUGCGCCAAUGUCAAAUCUCAUCAAUAUUUUCAUCGCGCUCUGUGAACUCGAUCAUACCUUGUAUUUUAUUUGUAAUUUAGACGAUUUUAAAUUUCUCGCUGACAUGAUACAACACAUACCUUUACCUCUCCGCACGCGAUACGUGUUUUGCUGUGCGCCGGUCAACCGAAAAGUUCCUUUUACGUGUAGUAUGCUUUUGAAGUACGCUCGACAAUGUAGUAGAAAUCAACCAGCGACCAUCUCGUGGGUACGGCAACAAAUUGAAUGGCCUCCAAGUACGCCGUCGAGUCUCGCCGACCUCGUGCGCUUGGAAGGUGUAUUUGAUGUACUGGACGUUUACCUUUGGUUAAGUUAUCGAAUGCCUGAUUUGUUUCCUGACGGAAGUUCAAUUAGGCAAUUGCAAUUCGAAUUAGACAAAAUCAUCGAGACAGGAAUCAGAAAGCUUGCGAAAUUAUUUAGGAAAACUCAAUCGGGUGAUUCAAAAGAAGAAAGUCAAAAAUCCGAUGACAAGCUCGAAGGUAAAAACCAGGACAAGGAAACGUUGAGUCAUUCAUUGGUUUCGAGAGGGCUUUUAACGAAAAAGAUGCUAGAUCAAUUGAGAACGGAAUGGGCAAAGCAAUCGUUUCAGGAGACUAGCAAAGGGAAAACAAAGCACGAUAGAGUCGGAGGUCGAUCUAAAUUCCGUUCGUGAAAGAUCUAUUCAGUGUUAAUUAAUUGCCUGGAAUUAAACGGGACUUAUAGAAUGAAGGAGAAUAUUCAUAUUUGUAUAUCUCUGUUUGCAAGACGAUUUGACAAUACCCAUAUUAUUUGAAUUAAAAACAUCUUUUUUUUAA